AUGGCCGAAGAAUCUUUCUCUCGCAUACAGACAGCCUGCCUGGAAGGGAGAGCACAGUCUGUGUUAUUUCGACAAAGGUUAUUCCAUUCUUUGUACAGCACCCUUAAAGCAUCGGCAUCCAAAAUUAAAGACGCCAUCGUGGCAGAUACGGGACACAAUGAAGCAGACGUUACUCUGGAAUAUACACUGGCCAUAUCAGAACUGCGCACACACUACGACGAACUGAAUCUCGAGGAAGAUAUCAAUAGUCAACAUUCCCUGGAGAACCUAAAUGCAACUACAAGUGCAGGCAUCAUCUACUUGAUCCCCUCCAAGCAUAAUCUGUUCUACUCGGUCAUUUCUGCCCUAACGGCGUCCCUGGCUGCCGGGAACUGUGUCGUUGUCGAGCUCCCCAUGACCUUGACCCACGUGUCGGGGCUACUUCGUAAGAUUCUGCCGUCGACAUUGGAUGCAGACGUGUUUGCGAUAAGCAGCACAAGGCCGCCAGAGGCCUUCUUGUCGAAAUGCCAAGUUGUAUCCCAGGUCGAGGAAGACACCUCAUCUGCGAAGGUAGUGGCAAUUGUUGACCGAAGUAGCAAUGUGCCUGAAGCAGCAUCAAUCAUUGGCACGUCACGAGUAGCAUUCAAUGGCCGCGCAGCAUACGCUCCCGACAUUGUCCUGGUCAACGAAUUUGUCGCCGAAGAUUUCUUGUUUCACCUCGUUCAAGCCGUCACAACACCACCAUCCAAACCCAGUCUUUCUGCAGUCAGUCAACAGAGCCCCAAAGCUCAGUCUGAUGGAGCGAGUCAGAUCAUAAAGGAGCUUGAGGGCAACGACGGCGUCAGGGUCGUCAUGUCAGGUGCGAGUUGUACCAUCGUCGAUGUCAAAGACCGGUAUAAAUCUCCACUAGGUCGCCGUAUGGAAGGUCGAGUGGUCUUGAUCUGUCGCACAACUAGCCUCGACGAUGCAAUUGACUUGUGUAAUGGUCUCCAAACGCCGUUACAGGCGACGUACGUCUUUGCUGCCCCGACCGAGGCGAACUAUCUGUCUAGAUUCACCGACGCACGCAUCUCUUGCGCGAAUCACAUCCCGACGGAACUGCUUGUUGGCCCAUUCGCACCACAGCACCGCACUGUAGCUCCAAGUCCAUCACCACGCUAUCUGUCGAUACUGUUCCGGUCGCCACGGCCCCGGCUUGCUCAACCUUCCAACCUGACUAGCAUUUUUCAGGAGGUCACAAAGUCCAGGUCCAUAAAAGGACUUGAAUCGUGGGCUCGGAGCAUUACCGAGACGCCACUUCCAGCGAUCAAACAAGCCGAUGGAAGAGCUACGGGAUUUUUUGAUCAGGCAUUCAUGGUAGUUGGCUCAGCGGCUGUGAUAGUUCUAACUGGGAGCGCAUACACGUUGUUUCGAACAUGGAGGAGGUGA